UUGUUACGCACUCCAGAUUUACGAAUGCCUGCCAACUGACAAUAUUUUAUUUCUUUUAAAGUUGAUACGGGAAUACAUCUCUACAUGUUUAAAAAUAUGGUUAUAUGUGAAAAUAGAAGGAUUUUUAAUAAGCAAGGUCGUAACAGUGCUUAACUUUAAGAUAUCGUGUUAAAUAUCAGUUUGAAAUUGAUCGAUCUGUUGGUUUUCUUGUAUCAACGGAGUACAAAACAAUUUACUUCCUAGUUACAAAAUAAACAGAAAAUGACUGUCUAAGAUAGUUUGUGAGUCAUUUUUAAAAUCUAUGUAUGAAAUGGCUUCUAAUUUUGAUUCAUCCAUUCAGAGGGGCGGUGAUUUCAUCCAUGAUUUUUCUUGCUCUCCGUGUGAAGAGAACGGAUUUAACACCGAAGCUCACCAUUAUUGUACUAAAUGCACAAUAUAUUACUGCCAAAACUGUGUUUCAAAACAUAACGUAUUAUAUAAGAAGCACGCGGUGCUCGGCCGGAAGGACGUGAAGAAAUGGGAGGCUGCCCCAGGAGUGGUGGACGCCCUGGAGAGAUGCGGGAUGCACCCGGGGGAGGCACUGAAGCUGGUAUGCGGUGACCAUGACCAGUUGUGUUGUCCUGUGUGUGUCGCUGUGGACCACAGACAAUGUUCCAAAAUCCAUCCCAUUCCAGAUGUAGCAAAAGGUAUUCAGAGAAAUACUGAGUUUCAACAAAUUCCAAAGAAGAUAGCUGAACUUGAAAAGCAAUUCGAGCUGAUGAAAGAAGCAAGAAUGAAGAAUACGACAUCUCUGAAAAAGACGCGGGCAACCAUUUCUGAUGAAUUAAAAACCAUUCGUAAAAAGAUCAACGAAAUCCUUGACAAGAUUGAGAAGGCAACUUUACAGGACUUGGACGGAAUAAUAGGUGAACUUGAAAAAAAUAUAAAGAAAGAUAUCGAAACUUGUGAUAAAAUGACUAUUGAACUGCAAAACAUGAUUGCCGCUUUUCAAACAAAAUCAAAAUCAAGCGAGUCAAAAUCAUAUAUUGCGUACAGAAAGAGCCAGGAUAUGAUUUCACAAGCAAACGAUCAUCUUCGUGGCAUAUCCACCAUUGAGUGUUACAAUGUAACAUUUCAAGCCAAUAACCUUAUCGAAGAACUUUUAUCUUCAAUAAAGACGUUUGGAGCGAUUGAAGAACAAACUGUUACGACCAAACAGCGAGAAGGUCCCCUUUUCGGUCCAAACCACGUCUUCAGUGUUGACUUUAUUUCAUUAAUGCUACGAAAGGGAACUUCGUUACUAGGAGGACGUUAAGCUUCACGCAUUUAUGUUUUUCCGCAACUCACUAUGGCGGCCAGCUUUACAUCUCCUCCAAUAACGCACUGUACGUCUACACGAUGUCGGGAAAGAAGGUGAAGAUGCUGUACGAGGACACGUUUGGGUAUAGGACGGUGUGGAAAUGUGCCAUCAGUAACGACGGGAAGACAAUCUUCAUCAUAAAUUUCAGUCAACACCAACUGAUCACCCUGGACAACAAGGGCAACAAGCUUGCCUUACUCACUGACCCUGACAUGAAACAUCCUAACGGAGUACACGUGACAUCUGCUGGACACGUGUUCGUCUGCUGCUGUGGCUCCAACACAGUGCUGCAGGUUGACAAAGACGGGAAGAAAAAGUUGGCCACCCUGGCAAGCAGAGAAAACGAACUAUACGAUCUAUUUUUCAGCAGCCGAACUUCAUCUAUGAUUGUUGGUGGAUAUAAAAACACUCCUCUUGUUAUCAAGUUAAAUUAAAACUCAAAACGUUCAAUGUUGCAUUUGGUACUAUCGACUUGGGAUCUUCCUUAUUGUUGUUGCAAAGUAUAUUGUAGUAUUGUCAAACAUGUAUAUAAUUGUUUUGUUUAGACCGCAUGGUAUAAGUAAUAUGAUAUGAAUCCAAAAGCAUCUUGUGAAUACUUAUAUUUUAUCAUAUUUUGGACAAUUUAUAUCCCACAAACUAUGUGAAAUAUUAUAUAUAUGUAUAUGUUCUAUUUGAUGAAUGUAGACUGUUCAAUGUUCGUGUAUUUAUAUAUAACACCGUCAUAUUGACUUAUUCAAUUUAAAUAUAAUGAAGAUUUACUUGCAUAAUAUACACAUAGGUGAAUUGCAAUAAAAAAUAAUAAAACAA